UUCAGUUGGCCUUGAAACACCUAGCACUCCUACAACAACAUCCGAAAUGUGGCAAGGACACAAGGAAAAGCCCACUUCCACCCGUUCGAUGGCCAGGGAAGUAGUCCACCCUGAGAGGCCUUUGCCGCCGUGGAGUCGACUUCUGGAGCACAAUGCCGAAGGUUGUCUGCGGAAGAGAAGUGGGGAAAAGGAGGAGCACUACGAGGUGGAGAUCUCCAACCACUUGUGGUCACUCUGGGGCAGCACACAGCAAGUGAAACCCGGGGAAAACAGUUCCUCGUCGGAGGCCGCUUCCGGAAGUACCUCGCCUCCUGGCCAGGCAUUGGCAUGUUGCGUGCUAGCCUGUUGCGCAGGCAGUUAUCAGUCCUUGGAUUCCUGGAACUCCAGCGCGCUGGACAAGAUCAUGUCGAAUGGGCGGUGCUACUAUGACGAAAGCUUGGCGACCAGGCAACAUUGGAAUCGUACAGGACAGCUCUGCCUGGAGUGCCUGAACACCACCUGCUUCCUCGAUGGUCACGAGUUUUGGGUGGACAUCGAAAAGCUCUGUACCGGCAAAUUGUACAGCAGAACCAAGAGCCUGGGAUCCGCACUGAGUAAGUUCUUCGGCCAGCAUCUGCAAACGGGAAUUCUUCAGCUGAGGGAUCAGGCUCUGGCCUUUGGGUUUAUCCCAGAAUUUGCCUCCGGAGGAGCCUUCUUCCUCUUCCACUGCCAGGCGAGGGGAAGGCCCCUUUUCAAGGACUGCGAAAGUGCCCCGUAUGUGCUCAGGAUGCGAAAGCUGCAGCAGCUGCUCUACUGCAUGCUCAUCACGUUGGACGAGAGGCGCCACAAUGUGCCCUUCAGGAUCUACAAGGUGGGAUGUGUGCCCCGUGCUAAUUAGCUGGAUGUGGCCAAUGCAUAUUCACCCCAUAAAAUUUAAUCGCACCAGGUCACUGAAUUAAAUAAUUAAAAUUAUAGUGCACUAUUAA